GGAGCGGAGUCCCGGAGAUGGGGAAGAGGAGGCAGUGAGUGCUACGACGAAAGUCUAUGCGAGGGGCUGUGGCGGAGCAGCUGGUUCUGGUGGAAUUGACGGGAAUUAUUGAUUCAGACUUUCUCUCAAAAUGUGAAAAUAAGUGCAAGAUUUUGGGAAUUGACACUGAGAGGCCCAUUCUGCAAGUGGACGGCUAUGUCUUCACUGGAGAGUAUGAAGACACUCCUGGGACCUGUAUUAUAUUUGAAGAAAAUGUUGAACAUGUGGAUGCAGAAGGUAACAAUAAAACAGUGCUAAAAUAUAAAUGCCAUACAAUGAAGAAGCUCAGCAUGACAAGAACUCUUCUGACAGAAAAGAAGGAAGGAGAAGAAAACAUAGGUGGUGUGGAAUGGCUGCAAAUCAAAGAUAAUGAUUUCUCCUAUAGACCCAACAUGAUGUGUAGUUUUCUACAUGAAAAUGAAGAUGAGGAAGUAGCCCCAGCCCCAGAUAAACCUCUGGAGUUGGAAGAACAAGAGAUUCAAAUGGAAGAUAAUUCAAACCUGAGUUAUGAACAGGAGAAACCACCAAACUUGGAAAUAGAGCAUUCUGUUCCCCUUACCGAUAUUUCUUCUGAAAGUUCUGUUUUUAUGGAAACUCAGAAUACUGCCUUAGAAAUCACUCCUAAAUGA